CUUGCUAACAAAAUAGUAAAAGAGCAAAAUGUAAAACACUUUCUUCAUAAAGGACCUACAGGAAAUGUGGCUGUUUACCUUACAACUUCUGAGAAGAUGCAUGAUUUCUUAGGAAAUAAUAUAUUGUAGAUAUUACAUGUAUGCAGCAAAAGCUAAGCGGGUAUCUAAGCGAUCUACUGUGCUGUCAUAAAGGCUCUCUGUAUGGUUACAGUGAUGUGGAUGUGUUGAGUCAUUUGUGAUCUAAGAAACUAGUUAGGUUAGUCAUUGGAGGUAUCUGAGACCUGGAGGGAACUCAUCCCAGAUCCAACAUGCCUAUUAAACCAAUCGGGUGGCUAUGUGGACAGGUGAUAAAUAGAUUUGCUGGACAAGCUUAUGUUCUCCAGAGAAUAGCUGUGGAAAUUAUAGAUGACAUUAAGGAUGAACUUCCAAACAUAGUAAAAUGGAAACCAUCAAACCAGCAGAAUGAUUCCAUUGUGCAGGGCUCAGUGUCAGUUGUGGCAAGUGUACUCUCCUCAUCUCAUGCAGUAAGAGUUAUCAAUGUGCUAAGCAGAGUAUCUGCUGCUUCAAAAUCCGUGGCCAAAUUCUUGCAGCCACAACUGGUAAGAAAAUUUGCAGAGCUGGACUUGCUGUCAGGGCGCCUUCUGCAAAAUCCUCACACACCACUCUAUACAAUUCAGACUACAAGAUGCUCACUAUGCGAUGUGAUCUGCUAUCCAGCGAAGACUGCUAUCACCAGUUUAAUGUUUGCUUUCUAUGCAACACUAAUUUAUAUGGCACUCUUUAUUAACACAGUACUAAGCAAAAUAAAAGAGAUCAUUCAAGAAAAGUCCUCCAGAGAAAACACAAAGGAUAGUGUUGAUAAAAAAGAUUUAUCCCUGAAAUAUGACGACGCAGCAAGAUGUACAGUACCCUCUCCAGUGAAACAAGUCGUUUCUGAAUUUCCUGUUGAAAAUUCAAUAAGUGGCAGUAUUCACAUCCUACAUUCUGCACUGGACCAAGAAAAAUCCACUGCAGUUCUACAUGAAAAUUAAGCAGUAUGGUGAGCUAUUUGCUGGUAUGCUAAAUAUACCUUACGACUCAAAGGAAAUAACAUACUCACACUUAACAUUUACUGUUAAUAAAAGUAUCAGUUGAUACAAGUGGAUUAGCAUCCUCAGUGUUCCCAUCUAGUGAAAAAAAUGAACAUCUUUCUUUGGAAUCAUGGCAUUCCGCAUAAUUGUAAUAUGACGGGCUUAUUAUGAAUGUUUUUGGUACUGUAGUCUACAGCAAGUUUUUCACUGGCACAGAAAGCUAGUAUGUUAAUAUCCCUGAGCUUGCAUGAAAGGCACAACUUUUUAUUCUGGUGUUUAAUAUAUCAAAGUAAAUACUACUAGUCAGUGUCUAAUAACUUAAGUCUACUAGUAAACUAUGAGUAAACUGGUUAAGUAUACUUUGUUACAUUUACUGUGGCUGAACCAUUCUUCUCACCCAGAUUUUCCUGUCUUCAUUGUACCACAAUAUUUAAAUUUUCCAAAAUGCUAUGUAAUUUAAAAAUUAUCAUAAUCAGUUAUGUCA